GUUCAUUAGUUUCACCGUACUGUGUGGACAUAUCUUGUGGAAUUGAACUUCAUCAUUCUGGAGACAUCAUGGCAGGUUGUACUCCUGUCUACUAUGGAGAUGACGGGUGCUGUCCCAUUUCCUCGCACUGUCCAACUGAGACCGACAAAAUUGUAGAGGAGGAUCUAACGGUUGAAAAUAAAGAUGGUGCCCCGAAAUGCCAGUUCGGCGAUUUAGACAUGGAGAUCGGGCAGAGACUAGUCGUGCCCAUCAAAGAGAGGUGCCUAGAAUGCUCCUGCAAAGUCCCGCCUUUCAUAUCUUGCGCAAUCAACACCAAAUGCUACAAAAAUAGAAACUAAUGAUUCAAAUUACUAAUUUAAAAAACGCAACUCAUUGAAAAAAUAUUUCAAUAAUAUGCAUUUCAGCAAUUGAUGUAAUUUUAAUAAAUCUUUAUCAUAUUGAAUUAUUAUACAGCGUUGGUAAAAA